AUGGCGGUUCUUUAGUUUUUCGUCAUCCCUGCAGACGAGACUUGGGGCAAAGUACCGCGGCUAAAUCCCUAUUAAAUACUCUCUACGAUUUAAAUCAAUUGAAAAUGGUCGAAGAACAGAGACGCCGCGUUGAGAACAAGAUGACGAACAUGAUCGAAGACAUUGACAAGGCUUAUUUACGUAGAAUGCAGGGGGAUAUGCACAGGUGCGCAGCGAGGUGUUGCGACAACGAGACGUAUAGCAUGCAGAAAGUUCAUAACUGCGUCGAAAAUUGCAGCGCACCGUUGAAUAAAGCUCAAAAUUAUGUUCAAGGUGAACUCGAACGUGUUCAGACAAGACUGCAGAGAUGCGUUAUGGAAUGCAACGACAGUAUAAGAGACCAAAUGUCGCCAAAUCCGACGCAGGAUGAGGUGAACAAGUUCAGCGACAGCUUUGAAAAGUGCGCUACCAAAUGCGUAGAUGUCUACUGCGACCUGUUGCCUUCUUUAGAAAAAACUAUGAAAAAAAUGCUCGCUGGUUCGAAAUUUGAGCAAUGAUGUAAGUCGAUAUUGAUGGAGUCGAAUAUCGGAAUUUUCUGUCAAACAACCGCAUUUAGUUUAUUACUUUCGUAAUUCUUUGUACGCAACUUCCAAGCGUACAUGGUAUGUAGUAAAAAUAAAUACCAAAGACGAUGUGGGGUCUAAAAAAAGACCGGCAUUCUUCUACUUGCUAGUUUAUCUACAAUCGUCUAACUUCAUAUUUCACAACGUCUUUUUGCACCAGAUUUUCUCUCCACUCGAAAGGUCAUUCAUUUAUUAUUUACGUUUGCAUCGUUAUAAAUAUACGUGUAUAUGUACAUACAAUAUUGUCUUAUGGGGAAAUGAACGGAUAGCCGACUACUCAAAAUGUUUCAAGCGAUUCUCAUGUUAAUCUAAAUUCAUGGAACGUCUUAUAAACGCUGUACAGAUUGCAAUAUUUCACAGAUGUUCAGUCGAAAUAUAAAACAAGUUGAUGUUAAUCUACUUUUCGUGUUAAUAAAUCUACCUCACUAUUAGAUAUCUGUAUUUAUAUAAUUAGCGUAACUUUAUGAAAUAUAGAAGAUCAUAAAUCUUAUUCCAAUAUAUUGCACAGUAGGAAAACAAAAUGAACUAUAUGCGGACCGUGGCAGUCAUAUUAACUUGGUCCAUGUUCUACCUUGGAAUUGAAUCUAUUCCUUCAGCCAGCAACUUCGAAAAUUAGUAAAAAUUGCUAGUUCAACGACAUUGCCUGAGCGAGAACCUGAAGCGCAACAGAAUUUUCUAUAUUCAAGCUUUGCGAUGCAAAGUAGGUAAAGAUAUCAACCCUUUUUUAUGUCAGAUUUAACAGUAAUAACUUAUUAGCAAUAGCAAAAAAAUUGAGUACAACAGAUAAAUAAUAUCAAACAGAAGGGGAAAAAGUUUUUCUAGUGAAUGGUACGCAGAAACAGUAAUAAAUGCAUUUAUUUUUCUCCGAGUCAUGCUCCGAUUUUUCGCAUGCACUAUAAUGUUUUAUCCUUACAAAGUAUGCAUUUUGUUUAUUGUUUCUUUUUUUCUUUCAUCUUCAAGUUUUUGCGUUUUUCCUCGUCUGAUUUUGAAUUCUAGUAAUAAUAGAUGGUUAACUUAAAUUAUCAUGAAAUUAUAAACUUUCAUCCGUACGACUUACAAACAACGUAACGUCAGUUAGCUGACGACUAUAUUUUAUUACUGCAAUAAUUCUCAUCACAGGCAAGAUGUUUUUCUUUUUUCAAUAAUUUGGUUUGUCAAUCAUUCACUCACUCGUGUACUCGCGUACUUUAAAAUUGAUCAUUAAUCACUACAGCCGUUCGAAUACGAGUUAUAAAUAAUAUUUGAAAUUUUUUUUAUUAGUUUUGCAUCGGAGCCAAUUUCGUUAUCAAAAUUAUUGAGAUUCCAGUCGUUGUAAUCAUUAUUAAUAUUAUAAUGCAUAUUAUAUAAUAUUUAUCAAUAACUUUAUUAUUUUUUUCUCAUUGUUGCAUACAUAACUAUUCGAAUAAAUUAUUCUCAUUAAAUCGCUAUGUACACAACAUUUCGUUUAUUGCACAAAUUUUCCGUCGUAAAAAAAUUAUUCCCGAUCUCGCACAAUCGUAAAACGUUUCAUCAUAUUUGUAGGUAUGUAAAUCUCGAUGGUGUAUAUUAAACAUUUAAAAAUAAUGUAAUCAUUCGAAUAUAUAUAUAAUACUCGAGAAGUGGUCUCGUAUAAUCUCGCACAGCACUGUUCAUUAUUCAAUUCACAAUAUAGCUAUUGCAUAAGAAAAAUUAUGACCGAAAUUCAUGUCAUUUUACUACAUCUUCGUGUUUCUUAUUAAAUUAUUUAUUUAUUUUUCGCUAUACUCUAUCGUAUAAUGCACAGUCAAGCCCGAGUAUAUAUCCGAUUCGCUCGCAAACUUUCCAGUACUUAGGUUUUUUAUUUUUAUUUAUUUAUUUAUUUAUUUACUUUAUUCCAUCCUUUUAUUUAGUUCUCCUGUACAAUUUUGUGUAAAUUGUAAUUGCAAUGCAUGCUCAUCCUCAAGAUAAUAUAAGACGGUCUUGUAUACUUGAUAAUUGGUGAAAAAUUACGUGUUCUGACUAGAAUCGUGGCUGCGGUACAUUGUAUUUUUUAUUAAUUUUUCUUUUUUUUUCAAUAAACGAUUACUAGCUAACCUUUUUCUCGGUAACUGUAUCGAGGUCAAAUGUAAUAAAAAAUUAUUCUUUGCACUGCAGUUCUUGUGAUUGGAGAAAAAAAAAAACAAGAAAAAAAAAAAUUAAUUGUCUCUGUUUAUCUAAACAUCCUGCCGCAGCGUUGAUCAAUUAAUCGGUAUAUCAUUGAAUCUGAGCUUAGAAUCGGUAUACAAAAGAGAGAUACAAUACAUUUAUACGUGGAAAAAAAAUUGUACUG